AUAAUGACUGUCAAAUUUUAGUUUUGAUUGCCGCUUGGCAAAAAUCAUUAGAUUGUAGAUUUUGAGCGAAUUGUUGCUGUAAAUUGUUAUUGUUGUCUUAUUUGCUGUAGUAUUCGUUAUAAUUGUGAAGUAAUUAGAAAAUUUACACAGCAGCCAUGCCUAGUCAAGAAGUUUUAACCACAAAAGUCGUGGUUCAUCCUUUGGUCCUAUUGAGUGUGGUGGACCACUUUAAUCGUAUGGGCAAGAUAGGCAAUCAAAAACGAGUUGUAGGCGUCUUGCUGGGCUGUUGGAGAGCGAAGGGCGUCUUGGAUGUAUCCAACAGUUUUGCAGUUCCAUUUGAUGAAGACGACAAAGACAAGUCUGUGUGGUUCCUUGACCAUGACUACUUAGAGAACAUGUACGGCAUGUUCAAGAAAGUCAAUGCCAGAGAGAAGGUUGUGGGCUGGUACCACACCGGUCCCAAACUCCACCAGAAUGAUGUAGCUAUAAAUGAGUUAAUCAGGCGUUACUGCCCUAACUCUGUUCUUGUUAUCAUUGAUGCUAAGCCAAAAGACCUUGGCCUUCCCACUGAAGCUUACCAGGCUGUGGAAGAGGUCCAUGAUGAUGGUUCACCCACCACAAGGACCUUUGAGCAUGUUCCCAGUGAGAUUGGUGCUGAAGAAGCAGAAGAAGUAGGUGUUGAGCAUCUUCUCAGAGAUAUCAAAGACACCACAGUUGGUAGUCUCUCACAGCGUAUUACAAACCAGUUAUUGGGCCUCAAAGGCCUCCACUCCCAGCUGAGUGAGAUCAGAGAUUACCUCAUCCAAGUCGGCCAAGGCUCUUUGCCAAUGAACCACCAGAUCAUUUACCAGCUGCAGGACAUCUUUAACUUGUUGCCUGACAUUGCUAAUGACAGUUUUAUUGACAACCUCUACAUUAAAACUAAUGAUCAGUCUCUCGUAGUUUACUUAGCAGCUCUUGUCAGAUCAAUUAUUGCCUUGCAUAACCUUAUUAACAACAAGAUCACAAACAGAGAUGCAGAAGAAGGAAAGAAAGAAGAUAAAGAUAAGAAGGAAAAGGAGAAGAAGGAGGGAAAAGAUGGAAAAGAAGAUGAUAAGAAGGGAGACGAGAAGACAAAAGGAGACAAGAAAGAAAAAGAUGAAAAGAAAAAGUAAUUUAGAAUCAUCAUUAGAUUAAGUUGUUUGUAAUGCUGAAAUAUUUUUAAAUAAAUUGUAUUUACUAAUUCAA